UAGUGAUAUAAUGUAUAGUGAUUUGGCCCGUCCCUGCUGAUGACGCAACCAGGAAGCGCUCAUGAUCUUUUGUCCUUCGACGGACACCGUCGAGUCACGAUGUAAACAUCGCUGCUGCGGUGGCGUUUAAAGGUAUUUUUGAGGUCAUCGAUCAUGGUCUGAACGUGUGUGACAUGUCCGGAGUCAAGGCGUGGGAGAUAUCCGACUCCGAGGACAGCGAAGCGGAGACCAAACCAGACUCGAACCGCGACGACAGCAGUCAAACAGCGACGCCCCGCGGCCGCGGAGCCCCCCCGUCGGGCGCGGCGUGCGGUCACGCGUCCGCCUUGCGGCCCCCCGCACCGGAUCCGCGAGGCACACCGAGCCCCGCUAGAAAACGCCGCUCCAAGGAGGAGGCGGAGGCCGACCGACGUGCGGCCGCCGAGAGGAAGGAGGCGAGGGAGAGGCAGAAGGAAACGAGAGCCCAAGAGAAGGAGGAGAGGAGACGAGAGCAGCGCGCGAGGAAAGAGGCCGCGGAGAACGUGAGGCGUCUCCGGCCCGAGAACCUCCUCAGGUGUCUUCAGGUCGGCGUGGAUCCAGGUACCGCGUGCUGCCUUCAGGUGCAAACUUUUGUGUGUGCUUGUUUUUUUUCUUCUUUUCCAGCUCUUCUGCAACACGGAGGCUCGGACAUCCUGCUGGACACCCUGGCUGCCUUUGAGUGGCGGUUCACCAUCGAGAGCCAGCAGCUUCCACACAGCAUCACCUGGACCAGAGAUUCGCCUCAGGGCACAGAUGGCUCGGUGGAAGAGGAGCAGGUGGCCCUGGUGCUGGUUCUGAAUGACUUUGUGGACAUGGUGAUCUCUGUGAAGAAAAUGCUCGACAGCGGGGGGGAGGAGACGGGAACGGGGUCUUUCCUCAGUCCAGUGUUGGAGUAUCUCAAUCGGGACGACAAGAAGCUGGUCACUGUCUUAGUGACGCACUCUCCGGCUGAUUACAGGACCGGUGCGUGUGGCGGUUAUCUACUAGAUGAGACGCUACGAUCCAAAUCGGGGAUGGAGAACCUGGAAGUGGAGGAGGUUCUCGUGUACCUACAGCUCUGCAAGAACAUCAGUCUGGUCUUCCUGGACGGCUGGCAGGAGGUCACCAACCACGUGUGCGCCGUCACCAAGGCCCUGUCGAAGCGCCCCUUCAAACUGCUGACGGAGCGAGCGGAGCUGCCCUUCUGCGUGGACGGCGCCUGGGCCGGCGGGGCUCGGGUGGAGAGGGACGGCUCCGGGCUGAUCCAGGUCUGGAGCAGGCAGAUCCAGCAGCUGAACCGAGUCAGCCCCGCUGUGGCCUCCACCGUGACCGCCGCCUACCGGUCCCCUCAGCUGCUGAUGCAGGCAUACCAGAGCGUGGAGUCCGAGGAGGACAGAAAGGGGCUGCUGGCCGGCCUCCUGGUGAAAAGUGGAGGAAAAGAGAGACGAGUGGGACCGGAGAUAUCGGCUAGAGUUUACCACUGCUUCACUGCCCAAAACCCCCAGCUGGUGCUGGACUGAUCCGUCCACUCGAGAAGCAGAUGGACGGAUUAAUCUGGUCUCUGAUGACACUUUGUCACCCACUUGGCUGCCGAUGUGUAGAUGUUGAAAAGCUAAAAUAAUGCCGGAGGUAUAAUGCUCUUCUUCCAGUAUUUAUACUCAUCUGAACUUCAACAGAAUUGAGGAAUAGAACGUUUUGUAAAAUAAUAAAUGAUAUACUGUAGAAUACCUUGAAACAAUAUGGAGUUUGUGGAAGAAAUGCAAGAUGCAUUGUUAGAGGAACCAUGGUGUGUGUGUGUGUGUUUGGUUUACCUGUGAAAUAGCCUCUAAAAUAAGAUGCAGCAGGAAAUUUGUUUUUUUAUUUUACAGAGUUUCAAGCGUAAGAAAGUUAAUAAAUAAACUGUAAUUUUAAAAAAAAUCUGGAAAAGUGUUGACUACAAAACACAUUUAAGAAAUGUAAUUUCCAUAUUAUCAAAAAAGCAACUCCUUUUCUCCCAGGAGUCCAUACUGGAGAUAAAAAACACAAGAGAUCUAU